CAUAAACAUCGCUCUUUCUUUUUCAUUAAUUAUCGCUUUAUUCUUCACAAGGUUUCCAUUUCUGUUUUGCUUCAUCGUCGCUGGUUGGAACGCCGAUCCGGCGUCCAUAUCCAGCGAUGCAUAGCGUUGACUCCCCAUUCCGAGGAAUUGUUGAAGACUUUAAUGGAAGAAAAGCUUGCUACUUACAAGAUUGGACCAAUGCACUCGGAACCGGUGUCAGGAUUUUGGCUCCAACGACCUAUAUAUUCUUCGCUUCUGCUCUUCCAGUUAUUGCCUUCGGAGAGCAACUUAGCAGGGAAACAGAUGGAAGCCUGAGCGCGGUGGAAACCCUGGCUUCUACUGCUAUAUGCGGUAUAAUACACUCUUUGAUUGGUGGCCAGCCUUUGCUAAUCUUGGGAGUUGCGGAACCCACAGUUAUAAUGUACAGCUAUUUGUACAGUUUUGCAAUAAGAGCUGACGCCAUUGGAAAGAAGCUCUAUUUGGCUUGGGCUGGAUGGGUGUGUGUCUGGACAGCUCUUCUACUCUUUCUUCUUGCUAUGUUCAAUGCUUGCACAAUCAUCAAUAGAUUUACAAGGUUUGCGGGAGAACUUUUUGGCAUGUUAAUUGCAGUCCUUUUCAUUCAACAAGCGGUGAAGGGGGUGGUAUGUGAAUUCAAAAUCCCCGGUAACGAAGACCCAAACUUAGAGAAAUAUAGUUUUCAGUGGCUAUACACAAACGGCCUGCUGGGUGUCAUAUUCACCUUUGGCUUACUCUUCACUGCUUUAAAAAGCAGAGGUGCAAGAUCAUGGCAAUAUGGCACAGGAUGGUUUCGGAGCUUCAUUGCGGAUUAUGGAGUUUCUUUAAUGGUGGUAUUAUGGGCAGCAUUGUCAUUUAGCGUACCAGGCAAUGUUCCUUCUGGAGUUCCUAGGAGGCUUCAAACUCCUCUUCCUUGGGACUCUGCUUCCUUGGAGCACUGGACUGUAAUCAAGGACAUGGUUAAGGUCCCCCCAGCAUAUAUAUUUGCUGCCUUCAUACCUGCUGUCAUGGUUGCGGGUCUUUAUUUUUUUGACCAUAGUGUGGCUUCACAAAUGGCACAGCAGAAGGAUUUUAAUCUCAAGAAACCCUCUGCUUACCACUAUGAUAUCUUAAUCCUCGGGGUUUUGACUUUGAUCUGUGGAUUACUUGGACUUCCUCCCUCCAAUGGAGUGCUCCCACAAUCUCCCAUGCACACCAAGAGUCUAGCUGUGCUCAAUAGACAGUUGAUAAGAAGGAAGAUGGUAAAAGGUGCCAAGGAAUGCAUGAAACUUAAUGCAACCAAAUCUGAAAUUUAUGGCAGGAUGCUGGAGGUAUUCAUAGAAACAGAGAAAACUCCAGCACCUUCAGCAGCUAAAGAGCUCAAGGAUUUGAGGAGUGCAGUUAUAGGUGAGGAUGGAGAUAACUCAAGUGCAUCCUUUGAUCCUGAAAAGCAUAUUGAUGCUUUCGUGCCUGUGCGAGUUAAUGAACAAAGACUUAGCAACUUUUUACAAUCACUUCUUGUGGGCGUAUCAUUAAUGGGCAUGCCUAUAAUCAAGAAGAUACCUACAUCAGUACUCUGGGGAUAUUUUGCCUACAUGGCCAUUGAUAGUCUCCCUGGGAGCCAGUUCUGGGAAAGAUUGCUACUGCUUUUCAUUACUCCUAGCCGGCGACACAGGAUUUUGGAAACAGCGCAUGCUUCUUAUGUGGAGAGGGUUCCCUUCAACUACAUUGCUAUUUUUACGCUCUUGCAGCUGGUAUAUCUUCUGGUUUGCUUUGGAAUAACUUGGAUACCUCUUGCUGGAAUAUUGUUCCCGUUGCCAUUCUUUCUGCUUAUAAGCAUAAGACAGCAUAUCCUUCCCAAAAUCUUUCCCAUGGCUUGCCUUCAGGAGUUGGAUGCUGCUGAAUAUGAGGAAAUUGAGGGAGCUCCAAAACGUAGUCGUGGUCUCUCAUUCAAGGAAUCAAUGGAGAAUGCUGAUUUCGAUUCAUGUGAUGCUGAGAUACUGGAUGAGCUGACCACCAGUAGAGGAGAGCUGAAGCUUAGAUCUAAAAACUUCAGUUUCAGUGAUGAAAAGAUCUUCCAGGCAAGACCAGAACCUUCAACUUGUGCACCCGGAGGAUGA